GUGUGUGUGUGUGUGUGUGUGUGUCCUAGUCUACCUGCAUUUCCCUCCAGUUCACUUUACACACAGACAGACAGCUGCUGUUUGACACAACACGGGAGACAUGAGCGGACGAGUUGGAGACUUGAGCCCAAAGCAGGCUGAAAUCUUAACUGAGUUUCGGGACAGGAUCCAGGACAUCCUCCCCAACCUGCCCGCACAGCACGACCACUACCUCCUCCGAUGGCUCCGAGCUCGAAGCUUCAAUGUUCAGAAAACAGAAGCCAUGGUCAGAAAGCACCUGGAGUUCAGGAGGAAGAUGAACGUGGACAACAUCAUAUGUGACUGGAAACCUCCAGAGGUCAUUGAUAAGUACGUGUCUGGAGGGAUGUGUGGAUACGACCGAGAGGGAAGUCCCAUCUGGUACGAUGUGAUCGGCCCUCUGGAUCCCAAAGGUCUGCUGCUGUCAGCGACCAAACAGGACUACAUGAAGACAAAGAUCCGACACUCGGAGAUGCUGCAGCGGGAGUGUAGGAGGCAGUCGGAGAAGUUGGGGAAGUACGUGGAAGCGGUCACUCUGAUCUAUGACUGCGAAGGACUCGGACUGAAACACAUUUGGAAACCUGCUAUUGAGGCCUACGGAGAGAUCCUCACCAUGUUUGAGGAAAAUUAUCCAGAGGGGCUGAAAAGAGUGUUUCUUAUCAAAGCUCCUAAAAUGUUUCCUAUGGCCUACAACUUAAUAAAACCCUUUCUGUCGGAGGAGACGCGACGCAAGAUAUUAAUUUUAGGAGGUAACUGGCAAGAAGUUUUACGCAAACAUAUUGACCCAGAGCAGCUUCCUGUGGUUUACGGAGGAACCCUGACUGAUCCUGAUGGAGACCCUCGCUGCAGAACCAUGAUCAAGUAUGGCGGCACGGUGCCCAGGUCGUACUACAUUCGGGAGUCUGUGAAGGUUCAGUACGACAGCAGUGUGACAAUCAGCCGCGGCUCGAGCUUCCAGCUGGAAUACGAUGUUCCUGCACCCCUCAGCCUUCUGAGGUGGCAGUUUGCCAGCGAUGGAGCGGAUAUCGGGUUCGGGGUGUACAGACGGACCAAAGAGGGCGGCGGUCAGAAAGUGGAUGAGAUGCUGCAAGUUCUGCCCAGUGAACGCUACAAUGCACACCUGGUCCCUGAAGACAGCUGCCUCACCUGCCCCGAGCCUGGAGUCUACGUGCUGUAUUUUGAUAACAGCUACAGCAUCCUGCAGUCCAAGAAGGUGAGCUACAACGUCGAGGUCGUUCCUCCUCCCUAAGACGGAUGCGGCAGAGGAGACGGGAGGCUGCAGUGAGGAGGUCCUCCCCUGAAAACACAGACCCCUGUGUUCACGCACCAUCACCAAAAUCAAUGCUUUGUCAUCAGGGCUGGGUUAACCCCGACGGAAAAGCAUGAGCUGUGGAGGCAACAUCGCCAUUUCUCCCACUCUGUGCAUUGUGUGUGUUAGUUUGCAAUUACUAAUUCUUUUACUUUUAUCAAAAUGGAAGUGUAACUUAAGUCUCCGAGUUUCACCUCUGACCACAGACUGCAUCACUGAUGACCUGGGGCCCCCGGGACAGUUGCCGGUAGUUUACAUUACAAUGUGGAAAGUUUUACAGUGUCUGACUGCGACAAUUCAAUGACAAUCACGUUAUUUUAUUCAGAAUUUCAAACCGGAGCUACUACCUGUAAAAGCUCGUCGUUUAGGAUCACUUCCUGAAGCUUCAUCCAAGGAAGGUUAAAAUCAAAAGCAACUGGACUUGGUUGAAGCUAUUCGAAAAGGUUUCGUCUCUCAUCUGAGAGACUUUUUCAGGUCUGAGACUCGGCCUCGGGUGUCUCCAACGACCAUAACGCAGCACUAACGAACCAAGCGGUAUGGAUCAUCGCGACACACGACCCCACAGAGGUGAAAUAGCCGAGUUUCCUCGCCAGUCAGAAGAAGUCUCUUGGAUGAGAGACAAAACAUCUUCUAGUAUCUUAAACUAAGUCCAGUUGCCCUUGAUUUUAACCUGGAUGACUGAGAACCUUCACAGACAUCUUCCUAAAGCUUUAGCAUGUUUUUGUAAUUUCAUCUUUAGACUGUGAGAAGCUGAUGUGUUACUGUAUUUUUACGCUUGGCCUAUAGGGGGAAACCUGAGCAUAGGAUAAGUGUCUCGCCCAUAGACUGUAUAUAAGAAGUGGUCGUAGUCAUCGUGACGUCACCCGUUGGUUUGUGGACUGCCGUUUUGAGGCCUCGAGUUUGCUCUGAGCGCUGGUUAAAUUUACACCGUGCCGAGGGUACGAGUCACUCUAUCCUGAUUGACAGAUCGCCAUGGUAUCGACUUGUUAAUCACAGAUAAUCCCGCCCUGAAGCCUCCUCUGCUUAUGGUCUCUUUUCCUCUAAAUGGGACCAUAAUUUACUAAAUGAACAUCAUGCUGUGUUGAAGAAGACUUGAAACUAGCGACUGAGACCAUAAACUCAUCAGGAAAGUGUUUACUGAGGGAAUAAAUCAGCUGAGAAGUAGCAACAUUUUACCAUUAAGGAGCCGGACUUGUUUUUGCAACCAGAAGAGUCGCCCCCUGCUGGCCGUUCAAUAGGAUGCAGGUUUAAGAGACUUCCACAUUGGAUUCACGUCUCAGACCGGAAGCUUCCCGCUUGGUCUCGCCCCCUUUUCCCAGUCCCAGGACUGACCAAACCAGAGAUGAAAUGGUUCAUCCAAUCUGGAAAAACAUCGGCCUUAAUUACCCAUAUUAUCACCAGCUAAUUUACCAGAACAAAAAUCAAUCAGAACAAAAGGCGAUACAGCUGUUCACCACCUGCAACUCAACCAACUGUGCAAACACCAGCCUAAGAAAUAACAGCAGAGAAAAUACACAGUAGUACUCACAUCCAAACUAUGACUCAGGGUCACAACGGCCUCGUUACAGCCGACUGACCCGCAAGGGGAGGUCAUUUAUCAAGUGGAGUUCUGCAUCUGGUCGUUGAGUGUUUAAAUAAUUGUUAAUCAUACUGCUCUCGUUGUUUGACUUUGCCUUUUAUAAUUAAGAGUCUGAGAAUAACUGUGACGUUUAGAAUAAUUGUUUAUGUGUUGUCUAAAUAAAUACAAACAAUAUAAAGUCAUUCUGACCACAAAAAAAUGUCUUUUUAAUUUAUGAAGAAUCUUCAUUUACAUUUAGUUUGUAUGUUGAUGUGGUAAUAAAAGCAGAAAUAGUGUGUUGAA